UCAUGUAUUUUCAAUAAUAAAAAGGUUCCUUCCAUGAUCCAGAUCCAGAGCUAGCUAGAGUCUAGAGAGAGCUGCAAGAAGUACUUCAUGAAUACGAACGGGUACGGGUGGAGGGGCUUGUUACUGUAGCCCUUCUAGACAAGAACCUGACCUUGCUGAAGUAGUUAGUUGCCCUCUUCACUUCAUGCAGUAGGUAGAUCAGGCUGAGAUAGAUAGUGCUCUCCAGUUCUUUCAGAAGGUUUCAGCAGACAGCUGGUGCAGUGUGUAAUUAUGGCUGGCUUUCGUGUCCUCGUCCUCAUAGUGCUCUUCAUGAUAUCUUCGACCUACGGCGUCGAGCACAAAGGAAAUCAAUGUUCCGAAGAACUGGAUGGUGGACGACCCCGCGGUGGGCGAUUUCGCUCGAUGAUGCCCAAAAAGUGGAAGGCCUGUGGGGAUGGAAAUGCUGGCAGCCCCCUCUUUUUGACCCCGUUUAUAUACAAUGGUUCAAUUGAUCAAGCAGUCAAGCUGAGCCGUGUUGAGGGUGUGGGUGAAGUCGCUAGCUAUUCUGGAUAUUUGACUGUAAACGAGAAAUAUGGGAGCAAUAUGUUCUUUUGGUUCUUCCCCGCUCAAGAGGACCCUGAGAAUGCACCAGUGGUUCUGUGGCUGCAGGGAGGCCCAGGUGCAUCCUCACUGUUUGGACUGUUUGUUGAGCUUGGACCGCUCUCAGCAACCAAGGACGGCAAGAUUGGCGAGAUGCCAGUCACGUGGAACAAGAAGUUUUCACUUCUGUACAUCGACAAUCCCGUUGGUACGGGGUACAGCUUCACCAAUGACAAAGCUGGUUAUGCUUCUAAUGAAGGCGAUGUCACGCGUGACUUGUUCACUGCUAUUAACCAGUUCUUUGCUAUCUUCGAAAACUAUCAGACAAAUGGCUUCUACGUCACCGGCGAGUCCUAUGCUGGCAAAUAUGUUCCUGAGUUAUGCCGUCGCAUUGUCCAGUGGAACUCGGGCAAUCCGCACGCAAUGAUCAACUUCAAGGGCAUGGCCAUUGGUGAUGGCUGGACAGAUCCACUGUCAAUGUACCCAGCGUAUCCUGAUCUCAUGCAUCAGCUGUCGGUGAUCGACUCUGCACAGGCCGAGUAUGCUGCGAAAGUGAUUGAUGGCUCGAUUGUUCCUGCCAUCGCACGCGGCGACUUCCUGGAAGCAUUCAUGUUGGAUGACUCCUUCAUGGGUGGCGACCUCACCAAAUACCCAACAUGGUACUUCAACGCCACUGGAUCCAACAACUACUUCAACAUUCUGCACACCGACUCACCACCGGAGGAAGGCUAUUUCGGCCCUGUUCUGGUCUCAGAUGCUGUUCGCCGUGCAAUUCAUGUUGGCAAUAUGCCAUACGGUCACGGAAAUAUUGUCGAGGACCUCCUGAGGGCUGAUAUUGCCAACUCAUCUCUUCCCGCCUUCCUUGAGGUGUUGAAUUCUGAGAAUGGUCUCUAUAAGGUAAUGGUCUACAACGGACAGCUCGACAUCAUUGUUGGCGUGCCAUUGACUGAACGCAUGUGCAGCCUAAUGGACUGGCCCGGCAAGACGGAGUUCAUUUCAGCCAAGCGUGAGGUGUGGCGCUUGAGCAAGAGUGACCCGGAAGUGGCCGGGUACGUGCGUACUGUCCGUAAUCUGCAGCAAGUAGUUGUGCGUGGAGCCGGCCACAUGGUACCAUUUGAUCAGCCAGAGCGGGCACUGGAUAUGAUCACACGCUUUAUCGAAGGUAUCCCUUUUUCUGAGUCAUAAGACUCAUAACAUCGUUCUGUUUAGUUGUUGCUGACAGUCAUGCAUAAAGGGAGCCCCUACGCUCUCAUCUUUAAGCGGGAUUCACGGAAGCUUUUUUGCGAUGCGACGCGCGAUGCGACGCGAUCUGCGACGGACGCGUGCGAUGCGAACUCGCGAAAUACCAUUCACAGAAGAAGUCAGUGAUGCGACAACAUCUUGCUGAUUUGGCUACGUCACCAUGAUAUUCGCGCGGUUUGAUACAACUUGUACAAAUUUAUAGGCAACUCUUGAACCUUUGUACAACUUUGCUGUAGAAAAGGUCAAAAUCGUACGCCAAAUCGCUUGUCGCAUCACAUCGCAAAAGUUGAGCCAAGCUCAACUUCUGCGAUGGCCCAGUUGCGGCAGUUGCGUGGAGUGCGACAUGACUGCGAUUUGGGGUUUUCCCGGUUUCGCACCUGUCGCACCGUGUGUCGCAUCGCAAAAAAGCUUCUGUGAAUCCCGCUUAAGUCUUUCAUUAUUAUUAUACACUACUUAUAACAUGUAACACGUUGGUCCUUUCUUUUUAAAUAAUGGUUUAUUGAAGUUAUCAAUAGUUUUAA